AACAAUUGCUCGUAUUUUGUGUUUUUCUAUUAAAAAAACUAAGGUGUUUUUGGAGAUACCUGACAAUUGUCUAACAGAGUAUGGCCAGAUAUACUCGCCACUUCAAGCUCCUGAACCAAACCUCACCUUCGUUCUAACUCUAACCAGUCUUGUUUUGGGUUGAACCACUUCAAAUUCCACAGUGGAAAUCAUUGUUUUGUGGGUAAACAAAAUGGUGUGAUAUGAAGUCAAGCAGGAAAAUUAAUGAGUUUGACUAAAUUUGCAGACUAUGACCAUGCAAGUCCAUGAAAGUUUUCUGGAAUUUGCCAUAGGAGUAACUUCUUCCAUGGAGGUCAAAACACAAGACAUCUUGACACUUGUAACAACUGGAUGGAAAAUGGGAGCGAUGAUAAGGUCUAAAGAAUUUGUCUCUAAACCUUUCUUUCUUCUAUCUUUGGAAGGGAUCCGUGUUCAUUGGAUCUUGUUCUCUCUGCUUAUGUGUGGACCAGAUUUACCUCAAACCCAAUCCAAGACUCCAAACAAAUUAACUUCAGACAUCAUCAUUGUAGCUAAAUUCCUUAUUUCUGAAAUAUAAUCUGAGUACUGAUGAGUUUAAGUCCAACAACGGCAACCAGAAGCAAACUCAGGAAUCUAAAUCGUCUAUCAGCGCAUAUGGUCUUUCGUGACAUCCAGUUAUCUAUGAACAGAACUCACUACAACUUCAGGGAAAUUAUUGAUCGGAAAAUGUUGCUAUAGAUAGAUACUGAAUCAAUACGGUUAGAAUGGCCAAGGAACAUGGCGCAUCACCAAAAUAUAACCAUUUAGAAGCAAGGAAGAAUAAUCUGACGUGGAUCUUAGCCUUGAGUGCACUCUGCAUUUUCUUCUACGUAUUGGGUGCUUGGCAGAGCAGUGUCUCCCCUACAAGCCACACCGAAUUCCUCAACAGAGCUGGAUGUGAAAACGCAUCAAACGCAGCCCCUGAUUCAUCAUCAUCAUCAUCAUCCAUACCAUCAUCAUCUGUGUUGUUGGAUUUCGAAAGCCAUCAUCAGUUAGUGAUGGAAGAUACACAAGAGAUACAGAAGUUCCCAGCAUGCAGUAUGUCCUUCAGUGAAUACACGCCAUGUCAAGACAGAGAUAGAGGAAGGAAAUUCGAUCGAGAUAUGUUGAAAUACAGAGAGAGACAUUGUCCCAGUAAAGAUGAACUCCUCCAUUGCCUAAUACCUGCACCACCAAAGUACAAGCUCCCCUUCAAAUGGCCGCAGAGUCGAGAUUAUGCCUGGUUCGACAACAUUCCUCACAAAGAGCUUAGCAUUGAGAAAGACCUGCAAAACUGGAUUAAAGUUGAAGGUGACAGGUUUAAAUUUCCAGGAGGUGGUACUAUGUUCCCUCGUGGAGCUGAUGCUUACAUUGAUGAUAUCAAUGAACUCAUCCCUCUCACUAAUGGAACCAUCCGGACUGCAAUUGAUACUGGGUGUGGAGUUGCAAGCUGGGGCGCAUAUCUGCUCAAGAGGGACAUAAUAGCGAUGUCUUUUGCACCAAGGGAUACACACGAAGCUCAAGUAUGGUUUGCAUUAGAACGUGGAGUUCCUGCUGUUCUUGGCAUAAUGGGAUCACAGAGACUUCCUUACCCCGCUAGAGCAUUCGACAUGGCUCAUUGUUCUCGCUGCCUAAUUCCAUGGAGUAAAUACGAUGGACUAUAUUUGAUCGAAGUGGAUAGAAUUUUAAGGCCCGGUGGUUACUGGAUCCUUUCCGGACCUCCUAUCCGGUGGAAGCAAUACUGGCGUGGUUGGGAAAGAAUCAUAGAAAAAGAUGAUCUUGCUGUGUGGCAAAAGCCGAUCAACCAUAUUGACUGUAUCAAAAGCCGAAAGUCACAUCACAAGCCACAUAUGUGCAAAUCAGGCAAUCCCGAUGAAGCUUGGUACAAAGAACUCCAAGGUUGCAUUACACCCAUGCCGGAGGUAACCAGCUGGGAUGAAGUUUCCGGUGGGGCCCUCGAGAAAUGGCCGGAACGGGCAUCGGUUGUUCCUCCUAGAAUCAGCAACAACUGGGUAACAGGUAUCACAGCGGAGAAAUUUCAAGAGGAUAAUAAGCUUUGGGAAGAGCGGGUUUCACACUAUAAAAGCAUAGUUGGUGCUUUAUCUCAAGGGCGAUAUCGUAAUAUAAUGGACAUGAAUGCUUACGUCGGGGGAUUUGCAGCAGCUAUGAUGAAAUAUCCCGUUUGGGUAAUGAACGUGGUUCCGGUGAACACACAGCCUGACACAUUAGGAGUUGUUUAUGAACGAGGAUUCAUCGGGGUGUAUCAUGACUGGUGUGAGGCGUUCUCAACUUACCCACGAACAUACGAUUUCAUCCAUGCAGGUGGAGUGUUCAGCAUGUAUCAAGAUAGGUGUGACAUAACGGAUAUUCUACUGGAAAUGGAUAGAAUCUUGCGGCCUGAAGGGACUGUUGUGUUCAGAGAUGAGGCUGAUGUGAUUGAGAAGAUUGAAAAGAUAGCACAACGUAUGAGAUGGAAUACGAAGAACGUUGACCAGGAAAGUGGACAAUUUGCGACGGAAAAGAUUAUGGUUGCUUUUAAGAGCUACUGGACUGGUGAAGAUAAAGACGAGGAACAUGCAUGAUGCUAAAUCUCAAUAGAAAGGGUAUGUAACUGGUCUCUAAUGUGUAUUCUUUGUAGGUAGGAUGUGUAAUUUAAGUUGAUUUGAAUUUGUUUUUUCCAACUGUCGAGUUUGUUUUGGUGCUUAGAACGUCUAAUUUGUAGGAAAAAUGGUGGGAACAUGAGAAUUUUCCAAUAUGGGCCAGGGCAAAAAUAGUUAAUGCGCAUAUAAAUUUGGCUUUUGCAACUGUGAUAUAGAGAUGAGCAGUUUGUCUCAAAUUCUGAUCUCGUACCGGUAC